CUCCGGAAACCGACGGGCCUGCAGGAAAUGACGAAGCCGAGGUCGUCCGGGUCCGCUCGGUAACCGGCUCCCGCGCCCGGCGCGCCUCCAGGAACAGCCCCGCGCGCGCGGCCGGCCUCGUGCGCUCCGGAGCCGUCGGCCCUCCACCUCUAAAAUUGGCUGAUUACUAACUACAAAUCAUAAUGGAAGUACAGAGAAACAUGAAUUCAGUUGUAAACAGUAAGAUCUAAACAGAGGCCUAUGGCUGGAAGUUACGGUGCAAUGGGUGAUGAUGGUUCUAUCGAUUACACUGUUCAUGAGGCCUGGAAUGAAGCCACCAAUGUGUACUUGAUUGUAAUCCUUGUUAGCUUUGGGCUCUUCAUGUAUGCCAAGAGGAAUAAAAGAAAAAUUAUGAGGAUAUUCAGUGUGCCACCUACAGAAGAGACUUUGUCAGAGCCCAACUUUUAUGACACAAUGAGCAAAAUUCGCUUACGACAACAACUGGAAAUGUAUUCCAUCUCAAGGAAGUAUGACUAUCAGCAGCCACAAAGCCAAGCUGACAGUGUGCAGCUGUCUUUAGAAUGAAUGAGCAGCAGAGAGAAUUGAGAAGCUUUGCAACAACAUGCUCCCCAUUCUUCUUCAACAAAAACAUCAUGUCUGCAAUGAAUUCUGUUCUUAUAAAGUCAUUUUACUUGUGACUUCCCCCCAUUUUUUGUAUUAGGUGUUGAUUUUCUAAUUGCUUUUCUUGAUCAUUUGUUACACAGUACAAAAGGGCUCAGAUGGCCUGAACACAUACAAGUCCUACAUACUCAGGAAAAUGAGGGAAAUGAGCAUGACCAGAGAGGUUUCCCUUGUGAGAAUCAGUAAGAAACAAAACCUACCUGUGGAAGCAAGAAUCCUGGAGCUUGUGCCACCUUUGUUAGAAUGUUUUUGCAAAUUAAAAUCUCGUCAUU